UCCGCUUUUAAUUGAUGAUGAUAACGAUUUCUUCUUCAAUCUCAAAAUAAAACCAACGCAUAACCUCUCUCUAUAAAUAUCAAAUCCCUACUUUUUCUCUCCCUCCAUAGUUUCAAUUUCUCAACUUCACAAUCUCAUCAUCAUCAUUCCAAAAUAUCUCUGUUUUGUUGAUCUGAAAAAUGGGAGGUGGAAAAGACAAUCAUGAUGAAUCUGACAAAGGAGUUUUCUCAAGUUUAGCUCACGGGUUAGCUCAAGGUGCUCAUGGUUACCCACCUGGUGCUUACCCUCCACCACCAGGGGCAUAUCCUCCGCCACAUGGAUACCCUCCACAUCAAGGGGGUUAUCCUCCGGCUGGUUACCCUCCUGCUGGUUAUCCUCCUGCUGGUUAUCCUCAUGGUGGUUAUCCACCUGCUGGUUACCCACCUGCUGGUUACCCUGGUCCAUCUGCUCCACAUGCCCCAGGGCCUUAUGGGCAUGCUGGGCAUGCUGGGCAUGGCGGUAUCGGUGGGCUGCUUGCUGGUGGUGCUGCAGCGGCAGCUGCUGCAUACGGCGCUCACCAUAUUUCCCAUGGCCAUUAUGGACAUGGAGGAUAUGGUCACAUGCCUCAUGGGAAAUUCAAGCAUGGCAAGUUCAAGCACGGAAAAUUCGGCAAGCAUGGGAAAUUUAAGCAUGGAAAGUUUGGCAAGCAUGGUAUGUUCAGGAAGUGGAAGUGAUCACAUCUAUCAAUGUAUAUAUAACCAUGAUUCCAAACGACACUGCUGCUGCUGAUUGUUUUUUAAAUAAUCCUUACUUGAUAUGACGCGGAUCUAUACUUGGUUGAACUCUUUUUAUUGCUUGUUUGUUUGUUGACAUUGAUGGCAUGAUCCAUUGAUUAAUUCUGUGCAAGCUUGGUGUUGCUGUAGCUAAAGGCAUUACUCAAGUUCUUGCCUAUUUUGUUUUGCUGUACAUUACUAGUUACUGCCAUUUUCUUUUUUAACCUUGGUUGGUUUAUCCUAUUAGAUGGAGAUUGGAUCUAUAUAGUAAAAUUAGACCUCUUGUUCGUAGAGUA